GUUUCCCACAAUGCAGCGCGGUGCGCUGUCCCCGGUGCUGAUGCUCAGCGCUGCCCCGGAGCCUCCGCCGCGCCCGCCUCCCGUCCUCUCCCCUCCGGGCCCGGGCCCCCGCCAUGGCUCGUCUCGGUCGGGUCCUGCCCCAGAGCCGUCGGGGGGCCUGGCUGCGGCGCUCGACAGCAGCCUGCGGGCCGCCGUGGCGUUCAAGGCAGAGGGUCAGCGCUGCUACCGAGAGAAGAAGUUCCGGGAAGCCAUCGGCAAGUAUCACCGGGCACUACUGCAGCUGAAGGCGGCUCAGGGGGCCCGCCCUGGCGGCCUGCCUGCCCCCGCCCCCGGGCCUGCCACCAGCCCGGGGCCCGCCCGCCUCAGCGAGGAGCAGCGGCGCCUGGUGGAGAGCACGGAGGUGGAAUGUUACGAUUCUCUCACGGCUUGCCUGCUGCAGUCGGAGCUGGUGAACUACGAGCGCGUGCGCGAGUAUUGCCUCAAGGUGCUGGAGAAGCAGCAGGGCAACUUCAAAGCCACCUACCGCGCCGGCAUUGCCUUCUACCACCUGGGCGACUACGCACGCGCGUUGCGCUACCUGCAGGAGGCCCGCAGCCGAGAGCCCACAGAUACCAAUGUCCUCCGCUACAUCCAGCUGACCCAGCUGAAGAUGAGCCGCUGCAGCCUCCAGCGGGAAGACAGUGGGGCUGGAGCCCAGGCCAGGGAUGUGGUGGGCUGAGGCAAGGGGCUGCCUGUUCCCACCUCGCUGUGGAACUUCCCCCCACUCGUAUUUGCUGGUAAAGCACUUGUCACUGGUGACCAUAA